AUGUAUGAAAUGAACAAUAUACUCGACAAGGGUUUGAAUGUAAAGCUAACGAAUGAAAAUAUUGUUGAAUUCACUGAGACAGGAGCUGUGUAUAAAGAUGUAGAACUACUGAACAAAAGAGCAAAGGGAAGAAGCAGGAAUAUGAACAAAGGGUGGAAGCCUAUAAAAAUUUAUGUCAAUGAUGGCUCAGGAGGUUCAAACAUAAAGUAUGCAGAAAGUUAUAGAGUUUAUGCUCUCAAAGGUGAAAAGCCUUCAUUUAAGAACAGCUAUUCUAACGCAUAUCCUCAAAAGCUAACGGAUGGGGAAGUGGAUGAUAUGAAUGACAGCAAAAAUAUUAACAGAAAUGGCGACAGAGAUGCAUGGAAUUUGUUUACCAUCAGUCAAUUAAAGCAUAAGAUUUAA